CCGUUCUUCACUUUCCAGGCCCCCCUACAACUACAACUUUUCAUUUUAUAAAUUCCCUAAAUCCCCUACCUCUUCAAUCUACCCUUCCUUCUUCAUCUUAAUUAAUAAUUACUACAGAGACAUGAAGCUUGGGAUUUCCAUUUUCAUUCUUCUUUUUCUACCUUUAGUCCUUCUAGCAAAAGCAGAUGAUGGGUUUGUAAGAACUAAAGGGCAACAACUGAUUCUCAAUGGAACUCCAUUUUACGCCAAUGGGUUCAAUGCCUAUUGGUUAAUGUACUUCGCUUCAGACCCAUCACAGAAACCCAAAGUCUCCUCUGCUUUUCAACAAGCCGUCGAUCACGGUCUCUCCAUCGGAAGAACUUGGGCCUUCAACGAUGGCGGAUAUAGCCCCUUGCAGUAUUCUCCAGGACAAUACAAUGAGAAGAUGUUCCAGGGAUUGGAUUUUGUGGUAGCGGAAGCAAGGAAAUAUGGGAUGAAACUGAUACUGAGUUUGGUGAAUAAUUAUGAAAGUAUGGGAGGGAAAAAACAGUACGUGGAAUGGGCGAGAAGCCAGGGGCAGGCUAUUUCUUCUGAGGAUGAGUUCUUCACUAAUCCUGUUGUGAAAGGGUUCUACAAGAACCAUAUUAAGAGCAUCUUGACAAGAGUCAAUAGCAUUACUGGAGUAGCUUAUAAGGAUGAUCCAACAAUAAUGGCUUGGGAACUUAUGAACGAGGUGAGGUGCCCUUCAGAUCCUUCAGGAAACACCAUUCAGGCGUGGAUUAAAGAAAUGGCAUCAUAUUUGAAAUCAAUAGAUGGGAAACACCUAUUAGAAGCUGGUUUAGAAGGUUUCUAUGGGCAAUCAAAGUAUCAAUGGAAUCCAAACUUUCAAGUGGGAACAGAUUUCAUUGCAAACAAUCAAAUACCUGAAAUUGACUUUGCUACUGUCCAUUCAUAUCCUGACCAAUGGUUAUCUGGUUCUAGUUAUGAGAAUCAGCUCUCAUUCCUCAACACUUGGCUUAAUGAUCACAUCCAAGAUGCACAGAACAUUCUGCAUAAGCCUGUUCUUUUUGCUGAGUUUGGAAAAUCUAUAAAGUAUUCUGGCGCUGAUCAAAGGGAUCAGCUUUUCAAUGCUGUUUACUCUGCUGUGUAUUCGUCUGCUCGAGGGGGUGGUGCAGCCAUCGGUGGAAUGUUCUGGCAACUUCUAGUUGAAGGGAUGGAUUCUUUUCGAGAUGGGUAUGAAGUGGUACUAAGCGAGAGCCCCUCGACUGCAAAUUUGAUCACCCAGGAGUCUAGAAGGCUGAUUCACAUCAGAAGGAUGUAUGCCAAACUCAGAAACAUUGAGAAGUGGAAGAGAGCAAAGGAGAUGAAAAAGGCACAGUGGGAGGCCUCAAGGGGGGGCAACAAUAGUCCUGGAAAUUAAGUAAAAAUAGAGCUGAAAAUAGAAAUGCCAAGCAAAUAUUAACAACUUAAUAUAACUUGUGAGUUUUAAGAGAGUAACUCUUUCACAGAGAUGAGAUUUGCUCAUCCAAGAAGCUAAUGUCAAAUGGCUUUGAAAAUUGUUCUCUUAUGAUAUAAGGAGUUGUUAUUACUCAGGAUGGAAAUGUGUUGCCUUCCUACUUUUUACAUAUAUGAAAAGAAACUAGUAUUUUACAUUAA